CAUCCCCUCGGUUAAGGUUAGGAUUGGGGGAGAGGAAGCUGAUCCGAGAUGUGGAAACUUCACCACCAUGCAAGGCGACAUUUUAUAUCACUGGAAGGGAGUUUUCCUACUGCCAGUAAACAUUUAUAGCAGGCGGGUCUAGUAGCUGCUACAGGAACAUUUCAUUGGAAGUUGCGUACUGUGUAGCCUGCGGAUUGGAGCAAUGUCCUGGGGUUUGGCUGUUCAGGAAAUGCGCUCAUUUUAUUUAGACAGACAAAAGGCUCUCAAAUGAUCUAAAAUAGCUGUAGCCUAUUCGUAUAGACAUUCAAAUACAUUUCAUAUAGUUUUCCAUAGGCCUAUAGACUCGACAAAAUAAAAAAUGGUUGGGGUAGGGAUAGUCCACAUAUCCCUGAUCUUCGUUUUAAGUCAACAUCAUGUCGACUCUUACGUUCCUCCUCCUGUCAACGUGAGCCUGAUCUGCCACAAUUUCCACAAUGUGAUCUAUUGGAACUACAGUGAACCAUCUCUACAGCCACAGUUCAAUGUGGAAAUGAGAAGAAUACAUUCUGGUGCUGCCUUGGUUUGUUCAAACACUUCACUCUACCAUUGCGAUGUCUCCUCAUUUACCAAAGUAAUUGAAGAGGGCUACCGUUUCAUAUUAACUGCUGUUGUUGGACAGAAUACAAAUUCCUCUGAAAUUUCAUUCACCUACGACGAUAUUGUGAAAUCAGACCUGGUGGAUGUACAGUGCUCAUUGGAUUUCCCACCUGUCAACAUCUCAGUUGUAUUUGAUAAAAUGAUAAAAGUUCAAUUCAAUCAUCCGUUUGACAUCUACAAACAUGCCAUCAUCAAAGAUGAAAGACUGGAUCAUAAGGAAUUUGAUUACAUGGUUAUCACAGAAUAUCACUUGGAAGGGUUUAAUUUUACCUGCUCUUACAAGCAACACCAUGUGUGUGAGGCUGAAAUACCAGUUGAUGGAGAGAUGGACAGGCACUGCAUCAAGAUAAAAGGAAAAAUGAAGAAUGUUCCUGUUUCAGCUCACCAGAACAUAUGCAUUGAGGAGAAGCAUGGGGAUUCUGGUCCUAGCUACACUGCCCUCUACAUUGUGAUCCCUAUCGUUGUCAUGGUUGUGAUUGUGUUCAUCGUGUGGCUGAUAUACAGUAAACUGACAACUGGCUCAUUCCCUCAAACAAAGUCUUUGGCUUCCAUGCUGUCACAUAUGGGUUCAGGUGUGUCCCUUAUGCACCCUGAGAGAGCCAUUCUGAGUGAGGUACAAACAGGUGGCUCCCCCCUCCUGCAGACCCCUGUGGAUUUUUUGCCAGAUGAGACCCUCACAGUCACCAGUACCCCCCAGGAAGAGGUCCUCCGCCUCCCCAUUGGACUGAAGGACCAGGAGUGGAGCGGUGGGGACGUCAUGUUGCCCAACGAGGGGUCAGGCUCUUCACUGGAGGUAACGAGAGGGUUGGGACUGGAGGUAAAGAGGGACUUCUCUGAGCUGUCGGACUAUGACUGCCCCCAUAGACCUGUGAUAGAGGAGAUGAGUCCUGGGGACACUGUUACGGGAUACAAGAUCUGAGAUCUGAGUUUCUGUCAAGAGAUGGUCAUGUUUUGCUUUAUCUUGACCAGGUCGCAGUUGUAAAUGAGAACUUGUUCUCAACUGGCUUACCUGGUUAAAUAAAGGUGAAAAAUAAAAUAAAAAAUUGUAUUUGCAUAUCCUCAGCUUGGGCAUCCCCUUGACUGUACCCAAAUCUGUUUGGGGGAGAGCAGGGUAUCAGUUUAGUCUUUGAUUGGUUGUUCUAGGCCCACAGCCUGGAGUACAACCAACCAUUUUCCUGUUCCUUUCACAUUUCAAUGGGCAGUCUAUGGUGGAGAUGGAGAGGAUAAUCAGAGGGGUAACCUGGGAUAGUGAAAACCAAGUGGUAUUGCAUUCUGGGAACUAGUGUAAAAAAUACAUGUCCUCAUUCUUGGCCUGCCCCAUUGUAAUGUUGAAUUUCAUUAGGCCAAAUUAAGACAUUUCCUAUAGCAUCUUUGUACAAGAAAAUCUAUAUAGUUCCUCUUGUCCAUUAUUUUACUGUGCCUUCUUAAGUGGGUUGGGAGAGCAGAAUGAAUAUAUUCAUUAGGUUAUUGUCUUUUGUCUUGUGCUGUGUAUAUUUGUUGUAUUUGCAGUUUUUACAUGGGUGUCAUUUAUGUACAAUGUUCCAAAAUAUUACUAGGAACAUGUCCUAUUAUAUUCAGAUGAACAAGUUAAACCAAUGCAAGGGGAUGUGGUGAUAAUUUCUGUUGUUAUCGGUGCCUUGCUGUUUGCCCUGUACCUAAUCAUUUAGUUUUUGAUUGUGCACAAUUUUGAUAUCAUACAGCAACAUAUUUUUCUUUUAAUGAUUAAUGAUAAGGCUUUCUCUAUUUUGUGUGCAAAAAAUUUGGUUGUUUUUAAUUUAAACUCAGCAAAAAAAAGAAACGUCCUCUCACUGUCAACUGCGUGUAUUUUCAGCAGACUUAACAUGUGUUAAUAUUUGUAUGAACAAGAUUCAACAACUGAGACAUAAGCUGAACAAGUUCCACAGACAUGUGACUAAUAGAAAUGGAAUAACGUGUCCCUGAACAAAAGUAACAGUCAGUAUCUGGUGUGGCCACCAGCUGCAUUAAGUACUGCAGUGCAUCUCCUCCUCAUGGACUG